UCCACACCUCUGCAGCGCCAGACCAGCGUGGGCGCAUGGAGGCUGUUUAAAAAGGCUGUUUAAAAGCUAAUGGAGUUUUCCAAAGGGAUCAGAGUGAAGGUAGAGGGCGCAGGCUCGAUACUUAAUUCAUUAAUAAGCUGUUGCUCGACAGCGGUGCGAAGGCGGCUCUAACUUUUCAUGGGAUUUGAAUUGAGGUUCGAAGCGCGAGAUGUUUCUUCUACUGAUGAUUUUCGUCUUGAUCCAUUCCCCCGUUGCUAAUUGUCACAGCAGUGAGUCUGACAGUGAUGAGGGAAGCAUGAAUUCUGAUCACUCUAGCAGUGAGUCUGACAGCGAUGAGAGGGGCAAUCACUUUCGGCCCAUUCCACUUCCUCCCUGGCCUUCCUUCCCUUAUUGGCCUCUGUUUCCUGGUCUGUGGCCAAAGCCGCCACCCGCUCCCGUGCCACCUCCUCCUCCUCCUCCUCCACCCCCACCCCCAACACCGAAGACAAACCCAACCACGACCACAACAACGCAGACCCCCAAGACCACUGGUGUUCCCACCACAGAGACUCCACGAGGGGACAAUGGUUAAAAUUCACUCCUGGGAUAUAUAAACAUAUCAUAUUCAUGCUUUGUAUGUUUGUUUUUUGCAUUUUCAUAUGAUUUUGAUACAUUGUGAUUUCAAUGCCCUGCAUGUUUCAAUCAGAUUUUAUUGACUUAUACAGACAUACAAAUUAACCUGUUGGCAUAUUUUUACAUUUCAGUAUUUCCUCAGUAACUUCUCCACGUUCUUAUGUAUCACUCUGUUCACUGGUUUCAUGUUUAUCACUUUUCACAUUUUGUAAUCAGCACAAUAUCCUGUCGAAACAUCUUUCAUUUCAUAUCAUUCCUCAGUCCAUAUAAAAAUAGAAAGAAUGCAGUGAUAUUUUGUGAUUUGUAGGAUAUGCACACGAAGUAGAGACGUGUGUUUAGUCAGGGUGUAAUUAUGAGUUUUGCAGGAGGCUGGCGUUGGAGACCUGUGGGCGGAUGCUGACGACAUGCUGCUGUAAUAUGCAUUCAGUGGGCUCACACAUCAGCAUCCCUGGAUCAAGACAGAUUAAGAAAGGGAUGAGUGCUGAGCCUAUAAUACCCAAUUCUCAGCUUCAUCACUAAAGUCUGCCACACAGUGUUUUUCAUCAUGACUCAGCCUCUUGACCAAUAGUUUUAUUCACUGCACCAUCGACUCUUUGCCGCAUUUAUCCACCGAAACUUCUGCACCACAACAUUUGCAUUCUCACUGUCACCUGUUUCUUAAUAUACAACUCAAUCAUUUCAUGUCUUAUGUUUCUGUUUUUGCACAACUAAUCAUUAUGAAUGUAAUUCCAUUUCUAUGUUCUGUGUUUGUAACGUCAUUGCUACUGUAUCACAUGAAAGAAUGUAUAAAUAUACUGUGUAUUCCAAUAUAUUCCAUAUAAAUACUGCACUGCAAUG